CUUGGGAGAAGGAAACUUCAACCCGUCGACUGUACAUUUUAUUCAGAAGCUAUUCAGAAUUUUUAUAUCUUCGUACUUCAAAGGUCGACUAUCUCUUUGUUAUUCUCCUUCAAUUUUUCUCUCUUCUCAGACUUCUCCCCGUACACAUACAUAUACUUGAUCGCAUCUCUUUCCCCUCCAUUUUCCCCCGCACCUCUAUCACAUACUUUCUUUUUCCAAAAUGUCUCCUCAAGCAAACGGAGAGCCCAAGCCAACUGCCUCGGAUUUCUUGGCUCCAGCUAAGGAUAUUCUCGAUGCCACCAAGGCUCUCGAGAUCCUUAAGGAAUAUGAAUCUCGUGAUGGUCUCAGCAUCAAUGACUUGAUCGACUCCAAGAAACAUGGAGGUUUAACCUACAAUGAUUUCUUGGUUCUUCCAGGUUACAUUGGAUUUGCCGCCUCAGAAGUCGUUCUCGAUUCUCCAGUUACGAAGCGUAUCACCCUCAAGACCCCUUUCGUUUCUUCCCCUAUGGACACGGUCACUGAGCAUGAUAUGGCCAUUCACAUGGCUUUACAAGGUGGUCUUGGUGUUAUUCACCACAACUGCUCUGCUGAUGAGCAAGCCGAGAUGGUUCAGAAGGUCAAGAGAUAUGAAAACGGCUUCAUCCUCGAUCCAGUCGUACUUAGCCCACAGGCUACUGUUGCUGAAGUUAAAGCUCUUAAGGGGAAGUGGGGUUUUGGAGGAUACCCAGUCACAGGUUCGUACUCCCUCUUCCUCUUUUCCCUCCUUUUGCACCUUUACAUGAUUAUUAAAACAUAAUUCAAAUAACUUUCGUUCAUCCGUAUUGACCGCAAGGUCGUGGGGAGGCAAUUAUUCUUUAUGACUUUUGGUGUUCUAUAUUUAUCGUUCACAAAUUUGAUUCAUCAGUCUCAGCCGCUAACAUGUCUGCAAAACAGAAACUGGAAAGUUGGGCUCCAAACUCGUCGGUAUCGUUACAAACAGAGAUAUUCAAUUCGAAGAUGAUGAUAGCGCCACCGUCGCAAGUGUCAUGGUUACCGACUUGGUCACUGCUUCAUAUGGUACUGAAUUGGUUGAGGCGAACGCAAUCCUCGCAAAGUCUAAGAAAGGAAAGCUUCCAAUCGUUGACAACUACGGAAACCUUGUUUCUAUGAUCUCCCGAUCCGAUUUGAACAAAAACAUCCAUUACCCAUUGGCCUCCAAACUUCCAGAUUCCAAGCAAUUGAUCUGCGCUGCUGCAAUCGGCACAAGACCUGAAGAUAAAAUUCGUCUUCAAAAGUUGGUCGACGCUCAGUUGGACAUUGUUAUCCUUGACAGCAGUCAAGGUAACAGCAUGUAUCAAAUUGAAAUGGUCAAGUAUAUCAAGGAGAAAUACCCUGAUCUUGACGUCAUUGGAGGUAACGUUGUUACCCGUGAGCAAGCUGCUUCAUUGAUCGCCGCCGGUGUUGAUGGUUUGAGAAUUGGAAUGGGAAGUGGAAGCGCGUGUAUCACUCAAGAAGUUAUGGCUGUUGGUAGACCACAAGCAGCUGCCGUCUACAACGUCGCCUCAUUCGCUGCUCGCUUUGGCGUCCCAUGUAUGGCUGAUGGUGGUAUUCAAAAUGUUGGUCACAUUGUUAAGGGUCUUGCUCUUGGUGCUACCACUAUCAUGAUGGGUGGUCUGUUAGCCGGUACUACUGAAUCCCCGGGUACUUCAUUCGUCAGCCGUGAGGGUAAACUCGUCAAAGCAUACCGUGGAAUGGGUUCCAUUGAUGCUAUGCAAGACAAGAAGGCUGGUUCUGGUGCCAAGGACAGCCAAAAGAGCAACGCCGGAACUGCCAGAUAUUUCUCCGAGGGAGAUAGUGUUCUCGUCGCCCAGGGUGUAUCUGGUGCCGUCGCCCAUAGAGGGUAUGAUGUCCCUUAACAUAAUGACGUUCCUAAUGCUAACUUCUUAUAGUUCCGUCACUAAGUUUGUUCCAUAUCUUGCAGCGGGUUUGAAACACUCCCUCCAGGAUUGCGGACAAAUGAGUCUUAAAGCUCUUCACGAGGCCGUUGAGAACGGUACUACACGUUUCGAAUUGAGAACCGCAAGUGCUCAACUCGAGGGUGGUGUGAACAUGGAGAGUUACGAGAAGAAGCUUUACGCAUGAUGUUCUUAGAUUAUGGUUUAUGAGGAGCAUGAGUAUGGAACUGCUCAUUUGGGUGGGUAUCUGAAUCUACGGAGUUUACAUGGCGUUUCAAGUGGGACUAAAAUAUUGAGGCUAAGGGUGGAGAAAGAAUAAAAUACAUUGCAACUGCACA